AUGCCGGCCCUACCAGCAGCCAAGACCUUAGCACCUCCAAUUGUAGGCCUGAUGGACACCUUGGCUCCAACAGUCCUGGCCAGUGAAGGAUCAACGGUACCAAUUGGGCCCAUUUCGAAAUUUGCAUUCAAGCGCAUUGCAGCAGCCAAAUGUGUUGUUCCGGAGGAUGAGAUGCUUGCCAG